UCGAUCACGAAACUUGCAACUCAAAUCAAGUUAUGUCGCGCGGAUGAGUAUAAAAGAGUCGGGUCCAUCACAGGGCAAAUCAGCUUCGUCGUCCAACAGCAGCUCCAGAAGCAACUACAAUGAAAUCAACGAUGUUAUUGACGGUAUUGUCCUUGUUGGUUGUUGCUGGUACUCAAGCUAAGAAUGUUGGUACUCUUCCGGAGUUACCCGACAUUACCUCAGCUUCGCUACCCCGGAAACAAUGGCAAACACAGGACGGGCAGGGACGGGCCAGUUUCGGUUAUUCCUACCCCGGUCAGGCUGCCGCCACAAUUCGCGAUCCUGAAGGUAACAUGGCCGGUUCUUGGAGUUAUGUCGACCUAGAUGGUAAUUUGGUCCGCGCCACCUACACGGCUGACGAGCGAGGCUUCCUCGUCUCAUCCACCAACGAAGGUCGAGUAGCUCCUAAUGUCCUAUCCGACCUCAGCAAAGUGAGUACCGCUCCGAUAGUUGGCGCUUGCAACGUAGUCCGUUCAGAUAUCAAAACACCCCAGGCCAAGCUCAGCUCGUCUAGAUUCGCCAGAAUGGUUGGGAGUAAAGAAGCUUCCCCGAAUGAAUAUCCUUUCAUGGUGGCAUUGGUCGAACUGGAAGGCAACGACUUGGAAAACCCAGUCUACGAUUUGGCCUGCGGUGGAUCACUGAUUAGCCCGACAAAAAUCCUGACAGCCGCUCACUGCGUCACCCAGGACGACUCUGCCAAACCGAUAGACGCUUGGCGUUUCCAAGUCAGACUCGGCAUCCACAAGCAGACCAUGGCCGAAAACGACGCCGAGCAAACGCGCAACGUCCUUAAAAUCAAAAUUCACCCAGACUAUGACGAUAAGUCGCUUGAUAAUGACAUCGCCGUUCUGACGCUGGACUCACCUGUAAAGUACACGAAGAAGGUCGCUCCCGUUUGCUUGGUGCCGAAAUGUUUUGAUUCUAAUGAACUGUCCGUAUUCGUCAUGGGCUGGGGAAACACGGAAACGGGCGGCAGCAAUUCCGAUGUUCUCAGGCACGCCUUCAUGCAAGUGGUCGACAACAAGCAAUGCAAAAUCGAUCUCGAAGACAAUAAACUUUCCAACAAUGUGCUGUGCGCCUAUUCUGAAGGACAAGACGCAUGCCAAAACGACAGCGGAGGUCCGGCGGUUAUUGAGUUGUUGGACGACGCUAAAUGUCGUUUCAUGCAGGUCGGCGUAGUCAGUUACGGCGAUGAAUGCGCCAAGGGCACCCCAGGAGUUUACGCAAAAGUGUCGUCCUUCUUGCCUUGGAUUGAGGAGCACAUCUAAGCGUGAGCCCCACUCACGAUUCACGGCUGGCCCUAAUUGAAAACAGGCGCGACUUUACUGAUGUUGUGGAUGCUGCCAUUUUGACCUGGAUGGGAAUUCGAACAGCAGUUAAAGUGGUGGAACAUUAUUUUAUCAAAAGUUGUUAAAUUUACUUUAUAAUCAUGUAAUUGCUCGUUUCGGUGAUGAUUGACGUCUUAUUAUACAGCAUUAAAGGAUUUGCGUUUUGCCCGAUUACUCUUGUUGAGUUUUCAAUUGGGAAUUAUGGGAUGAUUUAACAGAUUACACACAAAUUGAUUUCGUAUAUUGAUCCCGAUUGAUCCAAUGCCAAUAAACAGGAUUAAUGGACAUUGGGAACGGAUGGACGCGAGAAAACAGCAGCCAAUCGGUACCCCUUGAGGCUUUACGGCCUCGCCUCAGACACGCAAAAGUCCCCUGAAACAUUACAAUUAACCAAUCAAUUAAAUAGAUUGAAUCGCCAACAGGAUUUCGGACGUCUCCAUAACCAUACCACUUUUAUUACUUCUAAUUUUAAGUAAUUUAUCUACAAAACAGCAGCUGCAUCACGUAUAUUAUGAAGGAAUGAGAGACAAUCACAUUAUUGUAAAUUUUACUAUUUCCCGUGGAGCCAUUAACGCCGUUGCCAAAUAAACUUU